AUGGUCUUAUGCUGGGGAAAUGUACUGCUCCUGACUGCCUGGCUGAUCAGGAGGAGCUGUGGGUGAGGAAAAGGAUUUACAGUACAACACGGUCGCAACAGCUCUAUGUUUCAAACUUUAUUUCUGACAACCGGAUUAAAAAGGUUCCUGUCGCAUGUAAAUCAUGUCCUUGUGGCUACAUAUUUAUUAGUCGAAAACUCUUGCAUGCUAAACGUGCUGAGAGGUCACCACCCAUCACAGAAAACAAGAGUGAGGCCAAAAGGAGACGAACAGAGAGAGUUAAGCGAGAGAAGAUAAAUUCUUCAGUAAGUAAAGACUUAGAAAACCGAAAAAGAUCCAGGUCUAACAGCCAUUCAGAUCAUAGCAGACGAGGAAGAGGAAGACCUAAGAGUGCCUCAGCCAAAAAGCACGAGGAAGACAGAG